CAAGAGGGCAAAGAAAAGUAACCCGGUCGAAGAGCCGGUCUUGACUGAACCCAACGCCUCUGCCUCUGAGCCGCCGUCUACACCAGCUCCAGAAACCACCGCUCCAACUGAAGAACAAGCCAUGGAGGGUUCUGACAACCCGGAGAUUCCCAGCCCAGCUCAACCGGCCGAUGACCCGGAUGUGGUGAUUACCCGGACCGAAUUUGUUGAACCGGGAAGACCCACCGUGCUGGCUAAGUGCUCUGCUAAGGAGGAACUUCUGGAACGCCGCAGAGCCAGGCUGGACAUUACUAACUAUGCCAAUCUGAGCAUCGGAGAUAUUGUCGCUGGUUAUAUUGGUCAAGUGCACAACAGCCGGGACCUGGAAAUUGACAUGGUGAAGCAGAUACAGCAAAAAUCUGAGGCUGCCUGCAAGAAACUUGAAUCGGAAAUCUCUGAUCUGAAGAACCGCCUGAAGACUCAGGAAAAUGAGACCCAGAAGGCCAAUGCCAAAUUUGAGUUCAGUGUCUCUGCACAAGAAAAACUGAAGAAAAAAUUUGAAACAGAAAGAAAAGCUUGGGCCGAUGAGAAAACUGCCUUGCUCAGCCGGGCCGAACAAGCGGAGGCUGCUCUUACUGAAAGAACCACCGAACUCUCCGGCUUAAAACGCCAUGUAUCGCAGAUGGUCUCCGCAAUCUUCGGUAAGUUACUCUGUAAGCUUUAAAUAAGUUUACAUCAUUCAUGUCUCAUAAGCCCCACCAUUGCCAUCAGCUCACCUGACUUUGUUAUAC